AAAAUUAGGAGUUAUUACAAUUACUCCUAAGAAAGAAUAGGAGGCAGCAUCCAGCAACUGAAAAUUGUAGUGGAUUAAAUAUCUCCAUAACCAUAACCGGCGCCGGAGAUUGAGCUGCCAACAAUUCUCUGCUUCCUCUUCUCUCCUCUCUUCAAAAUUAUGAACUAAUGCUGUUUUUGUCAACAUGGGCUUCUCUUCGAUUCAAUUACAAUCAACUUCAUCCCUCUCUUCCUCCAUUCCCUUGUUCCUAAUCGAAACCAGAAACUACCCCAAAGUUCGCUUCAACAAGAUCAAAAUAAAGCCCAGAACUCGAAUCCCAAUCUUCACAGCCUCAUCUUCUUCAACAUCCAAAGAUAUCUGGAGACGACAAACCCCAUCUGAAAAAUCAACCACAACCCUACUUCCCCAAAAGUACCAACGCAGUGGCAGAAGGCCAAGAGAGUCCUCCCAUUUAGACCAUAGCAUCGACAUGGACGAGCUUUUAGCUUCAAUUGGGCAAACGAAGAACGAGCAAGAGCUGUACUCGGUUCUGUCGCCUUACAAGGGGCGGGAGCUUUCAAUGCGGUUCAUGGUGUCGCUUCUGUCGCGGGAAUCGGACUGGCAAAGGUCGCUUGCGAUUCUUGAUUGGAUCAACGAAGAGGCUCUUUACACUCCUUCGGUGUACGCUUACAAUGUUGUUCUACGAAAUGUGUUGCGCGCUAAACAGUGGGAGCUUGCGCAUGGACUGUUCGACGAAAUGCGCCAAAGAGCUCUUGCGGCUGAUAGGUAUACUUAUUCUACUCUAAUCACUUAUUUUGGCAAAGAGGGUAUGUUUGAUGCUGCUCUUUCAUGGCUACAAAAAAUGGAGCAAGAUCGUGUGUCUGGGGACCUUGUUUUGUACAGUAAUUUGAUUGAGUUAUCUCGUAAACUCUGUGAUUAUUCAAAGGCAAUUUCUAUUUUUUCAAGAUUGAAGAGAUCUGGGAUUACACCAGAUAUUGUGGCCUAUAACACUAUGAUAAACGUGUUUGGAAAAGCUAAGCUUUUUAGAGAGGCUCGUUUUUUGUUGAAAGAGAUGAGGGCUGUGGAUGUUAUGCCUGAUACUGUUAGCUACUCGACUUUACUUAAUAUGUUUGUUGAGAAUGAAAAGUUUUUGGAGGCACUCUCUGUGAUUUCUGAGAUGAAAGAGGUCAAUUGUCCGCUUGAUCUUACAACGUGUAAUAUUAUGAUUGAUGUUUAUGGUCAGUUGGAUAUGGUGAAGGAAGCUGACCGGCUGUUUUGGAGAAUGAGGAAGAUAGGAAUUGAACCCAAUGUUGUGAGUUACAAUACAAUUUUGAGGGUUUAUGGAGAGGCUGAGCUUUUUGGGGAAGCGAUACACCUUUUCCGGUUGAUGCAGAGGAAGGAGAUUAAGCAGAACGUUGUGACAUAUAACACAAUGAUCAAGAUAUAUGGGAAGACUUUGGAGCAUGAAAAAGCAACAAAUCUCGUACAAGAUAUGCAAAAAAGAGGGAUUGAACCAAAUGCUAUUACGUACUCAACAAUUAUUUCGAUAUGGGGAAAAGCGGGAAAGUUGGAUAGAUCUGCAAUGCUAUUUCAAAAGCUAAGAAGCUCAGGGGCUGAGAUUGAUCAAGUUCUUUACCAGACUAUGAUUGUGGCCUACGAGAAGGCAGGCUUGGUUGGUCAUGCCAAGCGUUUGCUUCACGAGCUAAAGCAACCAGACAAUAUUCCAAGGACGACAGCAAUUACCAUUCUCGCUAAAGCUGGUCGAAUCGAAGAAGCCACGUGGGUUUUUCGUCAGGCGUUUGAUGCGGGAGAGUUGAAGGAUAUAUCUGUUUUUGAGUGUAUGAUUGAUCUGUUUUCAAGGAACAAGAAGCACAAAAAUGUUUUGGAGGUAUUUGAGAAGAUGAGAAAUGUAGGACAUUUCCCUAACUCUGAUGUUAUUGCUCUUGUCCUAAACGCUUACGGGAAGCUUAGGGAUUUUGACACAGCUGAUGCUCUAUAUAUGGAGAUGCAAGAGGAGGGCUGUGUUUUUACAGAUGAAGUGCACUUCCAAAUGCUUAGUCUCUACGGCGCAAGAAAUGAUUACAAGAGAUUGGAGUCGUUGUUCGAAAGGCUGGACUCCGAUCCCAAUAUCAAUAAGAAGGAAUUGCAUUUAGUCGUUGCUAGUAUUUACGAAAGAGGUAAUAGAUCUAAGGACGCAUCUCGGAUUAUAAACAGGAUGAACAAAAUUGCAAUUUCAAGAUCAUUAUGACUUUGAAUAUAAUUCUAUCUUCCUGUACAGUAAAGUUUUACUAACAGAUUCAUCAAUUAUCGUUUACAUACUUUGAACAAUGUAAUUUGUAUAUUGCCACACAAACUUGGUCAAUAAGGCGAUGCUGCUAUUGCUGAACCACUUUUGUGAAUGAUAUUUUUUGUUCUAUCAUGAAAAUUAAA